GAUGAAUAAUAUUAACUAAUAAAUUUAGUAAUUGAAUAAUGAGAGAUAAGAUAAACUAUUAAAAUUGGAUGAGAGACUGAACAGACUAAAAGAAAAUGUGUCAAAAAUGAGAGCAGAAUUAAAUCUACCAUAAGAGAAUAAUGAUAAAUUUUGAU